AGAGAGGAGGAGGAGUGGAGGAGUUUGGAUGCUUCGGUCGAGCUAGUCUGCCGCUUCUCACUCGAAUUCAGCACAAGUUCUCGGAGCAACUUUCAGCGGACGAAGUAGUUGGAAUAUCUGGACCAGGAAUGGAGCUGUCGAUAGUCAGGGUCUGCUGUGUUCUGCUGAGCCUGUUUACAGGUUUGACCUCUGGUCUGGACAUUACAUCUACAGGGCCGACGCCUAUAGAGAAGGCCAGUGGUCAGAGUGUGAAGCUGAACUGUCAGUUUACUCUGGCCACUGAGGACGCUGGCCCGCUGGACAUCGAAUGGAGCAUAUUAUCCUCCGACAACCAGAAAGAGGACAAAGUGGUGAUCUUUUACUCAGGUGACAGGGCCUAUGUAGACUACUACCCCCCCAUGAAGGGCAGAGUCCACUUCAACUCAGCCGACCCCAAGAAUGGCGACGCCUCCAUCACUCUGACGGGGCUGAUGUCAUCGGAUUCUGGCACCUACCAAUGUAAGGUGAAGAAGGCUCCUGGGAUCCGCAGCAAGAAGAUGCUGCUCAUCGUCAUGGUGAAGCCUUCCAAGCCCAGGUGCUACGCUGAAGGCCAAACAGAGGAAGGCAAAGACGUCGUUCUGAGGUGCAUAUCCAACAAGGGCACCAACCCGCUGCAGUACAGCUGGGAGAAGACCAGUCCCAACAAGCUGCUUCCUGCCACCGCUGUGUUGGAUCCUGUUGGAGGAACAGUGAACGUGAGGAACGCAUCUGCCAGCGCAUCUGGUACCUACCGCUGCACCGUCACUAACCGCGUCGGCACUGAGGACUGUAUACUGCAUCUGGACGUAACGCCUCCUCCCAACAUUCCCGGCAUCAUCGCAGGAGCCAUAAUUAUAGUUCUCCUGAUCCUCCUCAUUAUUGCUAUCAUCCUCUUCUGCUGCUGCCGCGCCCGUCACAGGAAGAAGUAUGAGAAGGAGAUCUGCAAUGAGAUCAGAGAGGACGUCCCUCCUCCAAAGAGUCGUGUUUCCACGGCACGCAGCUUCACCGUCGGCAGCCAGCGCUCCUCCCUGGGCUCCAUGUCACCUUCCAACCUGCACGAGUACGCCCUGAAGCCCCAGUACGACAAGAUCCCCUCAUCGGAGGAGUACGAGAGGCCUCCGAGCCACGUACCUCUGCCCCCGCCCACUGCACCCAAGAUGGCAGGCCCCAACCUCAGCCGCAUGGGGGGCAUCCCCGUCAUGAUCCCGGCGCAGAACAGGGACGGCUCCAUCGUCUAGCCGGAGGGGAGCGUGAUACGAGGGGAGGGAUGGGAGGAAAGGAGUGGGACUUAAACAAAUGAAGAUGGGCUGCCUCGGCUGACUUUUAGCUCUUCAUUAUUUACACAAUGGGAGUUUUGUCCUCUUAUGAAGACCGGCUCUGCUGUGGUGCUGAGAAGAGAUGAGAUGAGUUUUACUGGAAUCACAACAGAGCACAUUAACUUUUUAUCAAAUACAAAUACGAAGAAAAAAAAAAGAACUUUUAUGAAUUUUACUUCAUGGACUUUGUCACAGAAAAAUGAGUUAGUGUGGAUAUAAAGCAGAAUGGUCAAUAUACAAAUUAUAUUGUACAUAGAUGAAUGCAUGUUUUUCUGUUUUCAUAUAGAUGGCCCUUGCUGUAGAGAAACUGUAUGUUUAAAACUGAUCCAGGACUCUUAUUGGCCAGCUGUGCAGCCGUAUGCAUGCAUGUUUGUAUAGUCCUGCAGAUGUAUGUGUGUGCGUGGAUUUAAGUGUGUGUGUGAGCGGGAGAUGGGAACUGUAGCUCAUUGUCGUCUUUUAAUGCCUACAUAACAAUAUGAUCAUUUUCAGGCCUGACACUCUCGACUUGUUUCAGACAGAUUUUUAAUUCUACAAAUUGAACCUAAAAUGAUUCCUUACUUUUUAGAUUAGACUUUGACCGAGUUCAAGAAUUUAGGUCAGCCGUUUUCUGUCGAGCUGUUCACUCUUUGAAUCGUCCAGUCCGGCUGCAGUUUGGGGUUGGAGCCGUCAGGAUUGGCUGGUGAUUAGGGGGAGGUUCAAGCCGCCUUAUCUUGUGAUUGGGUGGAUUACUGCUUCUUGACUGCGCUUAAAAAACAAUAAAAGACCCACGUCCCCCCCCCCCCCCCCCCCCCCCCCUGCAGAUCUCAGAGGAGGUAGUGUACUUGGAACUAAGGGGGGCAGCUGGACAGCAAGGUUCACCGAGCAAUCUGCUUUGAUUAAGUUUGACUGUGAACAGACCCCCCGACCCCCGUGACCAGCAGAACAUGCUGCUCUACCACACGCCAUGUUAGGGGAAAAAAACAGCAAGUCUUAAUCAUCAUCUGAAGUAUCAGUCCCCCCCCUCAGAUCUGCAUCGUGUGUAAUCCCCCUUAUUUGCAUUACAAGGAGCCAAUAUCAUGAUUAACCUUCUCUCUCUGUGGUCAAAAGGAAACCUCGCACGGCUCUCGGAGUGUUAAUUGGACUUUUUAAUGAAGGAUGUCGAGCCUGCGUUCAUGAAGGAAGAGCCCACAAAGAGGAAGGAAUGUGAAACGCCUUAAAGAGCGGCAUGACACGGCUCUGAAGCUGCUUUAAAACCACUGUGGACGACUUCUCCUAGUUCUGAAUAAUAUUAGAGACUUUUUAAUGCCAUAUAUUCCUUUAACUAUCAAUACCUGGAUUUGUACAACUGGGCAAUACCAAGUACCAAUCUGAUACCUGUGAAUAAUAAAUAGAUGAAUACGACUCAGCAUUUUUAAAACAUGAAGAAAUGCAUGCAGAUAAUGACUGCUCAACAACUUUAUUUGAAUUCAUGUUCAUCCGUAUAAGGACGAGUAUGAAGCGAGUAACCCAAGACAAACACUUCACAUUUAACACCCUGGAUUGGACCCCUAACUGAGUGUUUAAAUACUUUAAAGUUUUUUAAAUUAGCUUGACAGCGUAGACUGAAAAAUGAACUGAGAAAUACAAAUUCUAUUAGUAGAGGAUUUUUCUGACUUCUCAUUUGAAACUGAUUUUUUUAGUGUUUGAACUCAUUUUAAGUUCAUUUUCUUUUUUUAACGUAGUAAAUAAUCAACGCGGGAUGACUCAUUAGAUCUAAGAUGACUCAUAACGUAACUCGUCUAAAAACAACCUGAGCGAAUGUAAGCAGCAGCAAAGAGAGCAUUCGGUCAGCCAGAGCACGGGAGGAGGAACACUCCUAUUUCACCUUUUACCAUUCAGAGAAACUGACUUUACAGAAGAUCCUCCACGAGCGUCGUAAUGUUGUCCAAAUGAUAACAUUCAAUCAGUUCAUCUUCAAUUUGCUCGAUAGAUUGAAUCUCACUGAAGGAUUUGAUAGUGACAUUGCAACCCUUCCUGUUUUUGGAGGGUGGAGGCAGCAGCAUUUCUCCUACAGCUACUUGAUAUUUUUCAGGGCUAAUUCUGGUACUGGAUCGAUUUAUGGUCUUGCAUAUUGCUCGUACAGAAAUCCUUGUUUUAGACCAAUGUAUUGGUGGGAUUUCUGAUAACGUAGUGGACCUGGAACAACUCUUGAAAAUCUGUUUGUUCAGUCUGUCCGUGUUCAUUGCUUUUAGACACUUCUUCCACUGUGCGGGUUAUUUACCUCUCAAAUUAUCCCCCAUCAUUCAUUGUUUGCUUUCAUAGUUAGAAGCCCAACAUCUUAUCUUGUCUGCAGCAAAAUCGCUAUGAGUACUCUUGAGUGCAAAGUUUGUUUUCUCUGACGCCUUAUUCUACUCCUUAUUUGAGCCUUAUACAUACCUCCCCCUCAGUGCACCUCUGUACAGCCCCUCUCAGCUGGACUCGUACUAGCUUCUAUUGUGCCUUGUUGCCCCGGAUGAGUCGUAUCAUAGCAACCAACAGAUGUGCGCUGGAGCUAUGUGUAGUAGCAUCAUCCUGAGCGGCCGUCUCAGCCACUAGAACAAUAUAUUUAUCAGCACACAGCGGGAGUAUCAAUCGUUUUCUGUUGGACUUCACAUACACACACACACACACACCUCAAACACUUCUCAUAGCUUAAAAAAAACCUCUAUCACUGUCUUAAAGCUUUUGUUUUUAUAUUUCAAAACAUGACUUCAUGCUUUGUUUUUUUUAAACUUUAUUUAAAAUGAAAUAAAUUGGUGUUUUUUUUUGUUUUUUUAAAGGUUCUGACUGUUUGUAUAGAUAACCUGUCAAAGUAACCCUAUCUAAUCACUACACAGUGGAAUGACAUAAGAUGAAGAUGUUUGUAUGUAAAUGUGAUGCUCUGCCGUGCUGUGCUUGGCAAAUUAUGUCUUUUA